GCUACUACCGAUUUAGUAUGAGUACGGCGUUGAACCCACUUGGACGCGAAUCGUGACGACGGACGCAAUACUGAUACGCCUCAAGCGUUGUGGUGCGUAUGACUUCGAUUCGAUUCGGUUGUUGGUUGGUGGGAAAUCCCAAUAACGGUAGAGCUGCUCCUGUCUGUUCCCGGGUGUGAAUCGUGUGGAAAAUCCGGUCAGCCGCCGCCGAUCUGGGUGGGUGUUGUGGCAUCUGUGAGGACACACGAGGAGGUGCGUGAUUUUUGACCGUGUAGCGUGACUGUUUGGUUCAUGUACACCGAGAGCACUGCUGCCCCUGAGGGAAAUCAGCUGUGAGUAGUGCUGCUGGCUGGGAUUUUCGUGUUCUGAAUCGUGCAGAAUCUUUGUUUUAUUAGAUUCUGGCUGGCUGUCUGCGGCGGAACGGCGCUCGGCAUUGUGGCCAUAGGUCGUCAUCAUCGACCGAGUGAUUUUUUGUUGUUGUUGCUCUGUCUCCAUCAUUUGUUCAUACUGAUAUCUAUACCUAUACCCAGCUUUCAGUGCUACCGCGCCAAGUGUAUUCUGCCUUGCGUUCGGCCGAAACGAACUGCGGCUACCGGUGCGCGCGGUGACCGGAGGUGGUUGAUAUCCGUGACAAUUUGUGACAUUGCCGCGAGAGGCCGCUAAACAGCUCAGCCAAGUCGCGGUCCCGUAUUAGAAGCUAUUGCUCCUCGCGCGGUACCUCCCUACAGUCAGUCGUCGUAUCAUCAUCACAAAGGCAAAUUACUUCUAGUUGAGACGGAGAUUGAAAUCGAUUUGGUGUGGCGACUGGCCAUUUGUGUCGUUUAUGAAUAGCGUAAGACGGUGUUCUGCGACAACGACCGACGACGACAACUUAACUAAAUAAGUUGCGGUGGAUUAUCAUUCUAUAGGGGAGAUGUGCGGUCUGAAGAGAGUGUAGUGCAAAAUUAUUGAUCCGUUUUGUUUUAGUUUUUGUUAACGAAAAGAAGAAACCGUAUCGACCGCGUUCAGUAGUGACCGUGUGCUGAGGCCAUGGCCAAUUAAAGGUUAUGUUUUUUUUUCAUUCCUUCUCUAGCAAAGUGCAUUUCAAGUUAAACGCUUUGGAACCUGCGAAACGCAUCUACAAAACGCAACCCAAACUAAUGGAUGCGUAAGUAGGUAGUCAAGCAGCAGCGUGAGAACCUCGUGAAAAAAUCGUACCCUACAAAACAACAACUCCAACAAACCUCGCUGAGUGUGAUGCGAAUCGAGCGAGGUGCAAAAGUGGAAACAUAAUUUCAUAAUCGUUCGCAGGCUAAGUUCGAGAAGCGAGCAUAAUCGCGACACAAUAAAAACUGCUGCCAUGUAACGCGUGUGGCGAUUCGAAGUGUUGUAUUGAUUUUUUGACACACGAAAAAGUGCUAAAAACAAAAUACAAAAGUGAAAAAACCUUUUUAAACGCCAGCAGAAGUCAAAAGGUGAAGCUGGAUCAACAAAAAAAAAAUCACAACACAUGAAAGAUGCCAAUCGGUUCCCGGAAACGAAGUAAACAGCCGUCAACACCGACACUCGGCUAAUGGGCGGUUUCCUUUUGGAUGCUGCUGCUGCUCCAACGCUCGGGAUCCGGUGAAACCACUUCCGGAAGCAUCAAAUCAUCGGUGCGCACCAGUUGGCACAACACCAUCCUCCAAUGAACAUUUAGCUACUUUCAGUUGCCUGCCGACGAUCAGUGUGGUGGUAAUCUGCGGCUUAACUCGAUACAAGGAUAGUAUCAAAUAUAAUAACGCCUCAAUGGUGGCCCGUUUGAGGCACUGUUAUUACUAGUCCAGGCAGGGCAUUUCACCAACCGCAAAGACCUACAACGAAAUUUCCGUCCCGGAAACGGAAACAAGCUUCGAAACACAAUCAACUGUACAGAAAACAGGCAUCUUGGGUAGGAGAGCAUCGAAUCGAACCAUAUUGCGGAAGAUUAUCCGGAAUAUUUUUCAACAAGCCCAAGGGCACCACACAGCUUCCAGCUACAUACAUCCGGAUUCGGGCCACCCAGGCCAGUGAAAAGUGUUAGGCCAUGAUGAAAGUCAUCGUCGGUGUUCGUUCGUUUUUUCGUGCUUUGUGAAUCGACAGUGAAGUGUCGUUGAAGAAGGGCCAGAGCCAUGCUUUCCUCGUUGUCGGUGGUCUGCGCCAUUCUCGUUGGCGGUUCCUGGGCCGAAACCGGAACCGCACGAAGGGAAGCAACGGCAACCGGAAGUGCAAAUAGCCCAUAUCUGAGAACCCUUGUAGACUGCUAAAUUGCGCCUCUUCUAAAGCAAAAACGGAAUCCUUACCCCAGGUUGGGGAUUGCGAGGGAGUAAACGGAACUUCCGUCGUGUUUGGGGGGAUAUAUUUCCUCGAAAGUGAAAUGGUUUUAUUAAAAAAAAGAUUAAACCACCUAGUGUUUGCUGAGUAAAGAAAGGGGUUCCCCAGAAAAAAAGUUUUGGUUUGAAGUUCCACAAACAAAACCAAAAAAAAACACGAAAUUGGGAUAGGAUUAUUUUCGUUGGUCCUUCACAGAAUCCUUAAAUAAACCACAACACAACAACAACGAAAUAAACACGAGUUGUGUUCAAAAAACGCAAGUAUUAACACCACGAUAUCCAGUCAACUCGGUAGACUCACCAGACCGAGCCACAUAAAUACACGGGUACAGGAAGGGGAUACAAUCCCCCAGGUUGAGCAGAACCGGAAGCGGAGAAAAAAAAAACCCGAUUCACUUUAUCCAACGGGAUUAGUUAUAUAAUGAGAGGUCGACGAAUUCCGAUCGCAUUGCCAAACACAGGUGCCCUGUCACGUAGACGUCACACGCUUUACAUCCGAUCGGCCAUCAUCGUCUUUAUUCUGUUUGCAUUCCUACAGUUUCAGGUGAUAAACUAUGAUUCAAAUGAUUCGGGACCGGCAGACACCACCAACUACUCGACGGCAGCGAUCCUGCAGAUGGUGCCACCGGUGUUCCAUAAAUACCUGACAUCGAAGACCCGGAACGCCACCUACGGUCAAAAUGGAACCCAUGGUGGACUUCCGGGCGCAGCGGGCGGAUCCGGAUCGGAUGGAUCGGCACGGGCUGCCAACAUCAGCGAGAUUCUCCGCAUGAUUCACCGCUACAACGAACUGCAGACGGUUCUCAACGAGGACAUCUUCGGUCCGUUACAAAAUGAUUCUGUGAUAAUAGUAGUGCAGGUACACAAAAGGAUAACCUAUUUGCGGCACCUGAUCGUCAGCCUGGCCCAGGCGAAGGACAUCUCCCGGACGAUGUUGGUGUUUUCGCACGAUUUUUUCGACGACGAUAUCAACGAUCUGGUGCAAAGUAUAGACUUUUGCAAGGUGAUGCAGAUUUUCUAUCCCUUCUCGAUACAAACGCACCCCAGUGAGUUUCCCGGAGCGGAUCCCGAAGAUUGCCCGCGGGACAUCAAGAAGGAACAGGCUCUGCUGCGAAAGUGCAACAAUGCACUGCACCCGGAUCUGUACGGUCACUACCGGGAGGCCAAGUUCACCCAGACCAAACACCACUGGUGGUGGAAGGCGAACCGAGUCUUCGAUCAGCUAGAAGUUACCAAAUAUCACACAGGUUUAGUAGUCUUCCUGGAGGAGGAUCACUACGUUGCGGAGGAUUUCCUCUACAUUCUGGAGCUGAUGCAGCAGAAAGCGCUGGAGCUUUGCCCGAAAUGCAACAUUCUAUCGUUAGGAACAUAUCUAAAGACUUUUAACUAUUAUACUUACAAUAAGAAGCAGCAGAAGCAGCUUCAGCAACAGCAACAACACCAGCAACAGUUGCUCCGACAGCAGCAGCAGCAGAAGCUGAAUCAGCAACAGCAACAACAGCAGGGUGGUGCCCAGGUAACCACCGAAAAGUACGCCUCCCAGUCCCAGUGGGGCUACCAGGUGCUACCGACGCUGUACUCGAUCUACCAGAAGGUUGAGGUGACGCCUUGGGUCAGCAGCAAGCACAACAUGGGCAUGGCGUUCAACCGGUCUACGUGGCACGAGAUAACGCGCUGUGCGCGGCACUUUUGCGAGUACGACGACUACAACUGGGACUGGUCGCUGCAGCACGUGUCGCAGCAGUGCCUCAAGCAGAAGCUGCACGUGAUGGUGGUCAAGGGCCCUCGGGUUUUCCACAUCGGUGAAUGCGGCGUCCAUCACAAGAAGAGCAACUGCGAAUCGAAUCAGGUGAUCUCGAAGGUGCAACAGGUUUUGCGGGUGGCCCGCCGAUCCCACCAGCUCUACCCGAAGUCCAUCUCCCUGAUGGUGGCCAGCGUAAUCAAGAAGACGAAACUGCGCAAGGGCAACGGAGGCUGGGGCGAUCAGCGGGAUCAUCAGCUGUGCUUCAACAUCACUCUGAUCGGGCGGUAAUCGUUGUCUGCUGCAAAGAAAAUGCCGGAUACCGGAAAGAGUAGACGAAAAUGGCCAUCGGGUUUUCCUCAGUUUUAGCCGUAUGCAAUGAAGAGUUUCUACUGACUGACUUUUGCAAGACUCGCAGAAAAAAAUACGAAAUAAAGUUUUGAAUUACACACGAAAAAAUGAAAGUUUAUGAACGAAGAAGAAAAAAAUAGACGUCCUAUUUCGUUUGUAAGCUGAUGUAUGUUACAUAAAAUGUGUUGCAGAAACAGACGGAGGAAUAAAAGACACACUCUGAUUGUACUGAAAAACGAACAUGAACACACGUACAAUAGGAGUUAGUUUAAACUGAAUAAUGAUUUUAAAAAUCAUUCGACAGCUAGAGAAUGCAACUGAAGAAAUCGUGUAUAAAUGUGGGUACAAUAAAGUAGUAAGAGAGUAAAAUACCUUAGCGCAGAUAGUUUGUAAGUUGAACAGAGAACUCUUAUAAAAACUAAAAUAUCCUCGUCUCACAUUUAUCAUCACACACAGCUGUACGUAAAGUGUCCGAAUCAAAUCGUAAUCUGGAUAGUAUCUUCCGUGGAAAUUUAGAUAUGCUUCAAGCUAAAAUAUUGUGCAAUAUUUGUUUGUGUCCAACAUAUUUUCAACAUUUGAGUCCACUAGAAAAUCUGGUUAUACCAAACAUAUUUAAUUUCUCUUUUCAAUUUGUUAGUUUGCUUGUUUUUUUAAAGGCCAAUUCAAAUAAACCAUCUGAUAGUUACCACUGAACCAUGAAACCACAAUAAAUAAACCUAUGGACUAAGAUGAAACAAUUACUUUAUAUAGUUGCAAAAUUUGGAUAGUCCAAAAAAGAAACAGAAAAGACAAAAACAAAUGAAAUAGGUAAUUUUUGAACCAACAGGAGAGCGCACAUACCAUUUUUCUAGUUAAUUUAAACAUGAUUUUUGACGAAAUUUACACAAUAAAACCAGAGACAGCAUGAGAAAGUAGCCGUGAAAGGUUCUAAAUGGCAUACUAUUUUCAUCCACGGAGAAAAAAUCAACCUUCAUCUAGUCAUCAAUAUUUUCAUCCCACUUUACACCUUUUGCUAUCAUCAUUAUUCGUUAAAUUGUUGUUGCAUUUAUUUCUCCUAUUGUUUAAAGUUUCUUUCCAUAUUAAGUAUAGACUUUUUGUUGAUCGUAAAUGUGUAAGUUGUACAUAUGAAAAAUUUUAUUUAUGUUGCUGUUAAACCUUUUUGAUAAAGACAUAACGACAUUGAAACGAGCAUACCUUAAAACAGCUAGUUUUGUUGGAAUUGUAUACAAUGAGAAAAAAAAACACCCAAAUUAGAAGCAUGUUUUAGGAAAAUAAACCCAGCAAAGCAGUAUGAAAUUGUCUAUUUGUGAAGCAUUUUUAAGGGAUUGGCAGCAACACCAACAUAUGUAUGUCUGUAGGUGUAUCGAGCGAAGGAUGAUAAACCUAUUUAUGUCACAAGUGCAUAAUCCUUAAACCAGAACAAAAACGACGAUUUAAUAAUUAGGUGUGAAACAGCACGAGCGAACCAAAUCAAAUCAAACAAUAAAUUGUAACAGAACAAAUACACCAA